GCCCGGGGUAAGAUGGCGGCCGUGACCGCGCUGAGGAGCAGCUGCCGAGCCGCGGGGCGCCUGUGACAUUACUAAUUCACUACCUGCAUUGGUAACCAAAGGUUAAAAAUCACAUGGAAAUCAUUGUGAAACUUCACAUUUAGAAAUAGUUCAGAGAUUUGAUGUGCUCCUUGUGAUCAUCUUCACAGGUAUGCUGUUUUCUGGCUCCUCUAAGAAGAUAAUUUCUAAAUUUUACAGUUUUGAGCUACUUGAGGUUUGCAUUCAUCGCGUUAGAUCGUGCAGCAGCAUUCGCUUUAUAAAAUCAAAAUAUGUGUGCGUGUUUGACAAAUCUGCCCUCAAGUUUAGUCAUCAACAGCGAUUAUUCAGAACAUCUGCUGUUUCAUGUGGCCAAAUUGUCCAGUUUAAGCUUUCUGACAUUGGAGAAGGAAUUACCGAGGUGACUGUAAAAGAAUGGUACAUAAAGGAAGGUGACAGUGUGUCUCAGUUUGACAGCAUCUGUGAGGUGCAGAGUGAUAAAGCCUCUGUUACUAUCACCAGUCGUUAUGAUGGCAUCAUCAGAAAACUCCAUUACAGCAUAGAUGAUAUUGCUUUUGUUGGAAAACCACUAGUGGACAUUGAAAUUGAUGCUUCAAAAGGUGUUGCCUCAGAAGAAGAUGUGGUUGAAACACCUCCUAUGUCUCAUGAAGAACACACUCACCAAGAGAUAAAAGGUCACAAAACAUUAGCAACCCCUGCAGUUCGUCGCCUGGCCAUGGAGAACAAUAUUAAAUUGAGUGAAGUUGUUGGGACAGGAAAGGAUAACAGAAUCCUUAAAGAAGAUAUACUCAACUACUUGGCCAAACAAACAGGAGCUAUUUUGCCUCCAUCUCCAAAGGGUGAAAUUGUCCCACCUCAGCGGAAAGCAGAGGCUGUGCCAGCUGCUCCAAAGGACAAAGCACGCAAAAUCCCUGUACCUGUUUCCAGACCCAUUGCAUUUGCAGGAAAAGAUAAAACUGAACCUGUAACAGGUUUUCAGAAGGCCAUGGUAAAGACUAUGAGUGCAGCCCUGAAGAUCCCCCACUUUGGUUAUUCUGAUGAGAUUGAUUUGACUCAGCUUGUUCAGCUGCGAGAAGAGCUGAAACCUCUAGCUGAAAUCCGUGGAGUUAGGCUUUCCUUUAUGCCUUUCUUCAUAAAGGCAGCCUCUCUGGGAUUGCUGCAGUAUCCCAUUCUUAAUGCUUCUUUGGAUGAGAACUGUCAAAAUGUCACAUACAAGGCUUCACACAACAUUGGAGUUGCAAUGGACACAGAGCAAGGUUUAAUUGUCCCAAAUGUGAAAAAUGUUCAAGUCUGCAGUGUGUUUGACAUUGCUGUGGAGUUAAAUCGCCUCCAGUCCUUGGGCUCUGCAGGUCAGCUGGGAACAAGCGACCUCACUGGGGGAACAUUCACCCUUUCAAAUAUUGGCACAAUUGGUGGCACUUACGCCAAACCAGUGAUACUACCUCCUGAAGUAGCUAUUGGAGCACUUGGAAAGAUACAGGUUCUUCCUCGGUUUAAUAGCAAAGGUGAAGUAUUUAAAGCACAAAUAAUGAAUGUGAGUUGGUCAGCUGAUCACCGCAUCAUUGAUGGAGCUACCAUGGCCCGGUUUUCUAACUUGUGGAAAUCUUACUUGGAGAACCCUGCUUCAAUGCUGCUGGACCUUAAAUAAAGGAAGCCAUGGCUAGAAUAUGCCUUUAAACUCUGUGGAUUAGACUGAAUAGUUACACAAGCUGUCUCUGCUAACAUGUGCCCUUUGCUACGUGCAUUAUAUAAUGAUAUGUGGUUGAAAGUUCUCAACAGCUGAUAUCAGUCUCAAUUAGUUGUUGCUUCUUUCAUUUUGUAUUGCUGUAAUUUCAUCUACAGCAGAGUGUCAGACUGAGUAGGUCACAGCUUCUGAAUGUGGUGGUGGAAUGUCUUUAUUUUGCCUUUAAUAAUAACAAUGAUUGUCAGGCUGGUGUGACUGAGUGUCACUGCUCUACUCCUGGAGUAUUUAUAAUCUGAAGGGAAAUUUUGGAGGGGAAUACUCAUAGUUCUUCUAUUUUGGACACAUAAAUUUAUUUUAACAAAUAAUAUUUGAAUUUCUAAAAGGGAUUAUGCAAAAAUCAUAUGCAAAUAAAAUGCCUUUAAUGCUUCUGCUGUAA